GCUUCCGGGGCCGCUCGCCACAGUCAAGGAGGGCCGGGCGCGGCCUACUUUGGGCUGGUUUUGGUGUUAGAGGCGCCAGCAAGGGUGAUUCUAUACGUGUAUAUGUAUAUACGUGUACAUGUAUAUACAUGCUCUUCGCGGCCCUGAGGGGGACGUGUGCGCGGGGUCUGCCUGAGCUUUAUUCCCCCGGCCGAGUGCUGCCGGCUGCGGGCGCUCCUUGCUCUCCACGUGACCCCGCCGCGCCGCGGCUCGUCUAUCCUGCCGGCGGCGCGGCUCUAUGGUAAGAGGAGGCGCUCGUCGCGCCAGGGAGACGGCGGCGGGUUGGUGAAGAUGGCGGCCGCUGUGAGGCAGGACCUGGCGCAGCUGAUGAACUCCAGUGGCUCGCACAAGGAUCUGGCGGGCAAGUAUCGUCAGAUACUGGAAAAAGCCAUUCAGCUGUCGGAUGCAGAACAACUUGAAGCUUUGAAAGCUUUUGUAGAAGCAAUGGUGAAUGAGAAUGUCAGUCUAGUGAUCUCACGUCAGCUACUGACAGACUUCUGUACACAUCUUCCAAGUCUUCCUGACAGCACAGCCAAAGAAAUCUACCACUUCACCUUGGAAAAAAUACAGCCCAGAGUUAUUUCAUUUGAAGAGCAGGUCGCUUCGAUAAGGCAACAUCUUGCAUCAAUCUAUGAGAAAGAAGAAGACUGGAGAAAUGCAGCACAAGUAUUGGUGGGGAUCCCUCUGGAAACAGGGCAAAAACAGUACAAUGUAGAUUAUAAACUGGAGACCUACCUGAAAAUUGCCAGGCUGUAUCUGGAGGACGAUGACCCAGUUCAAGCAGAAGCUUAUAUUAAUCGAGCUUCCCUGCUUCAGAAUGAAUCAACUAAUGAACAGCUGCAAAUCCAUUAUAAGGUUUGCUAUGCUCGAGUUCUUGAUUACAGAAGAAAGUUUAUUGAAGCUGCCCAAAGAUACAAUGAGCUAUCCUAUAAGAGCAUAGUCCAUGAAACUGAGCGACUGGAGGCAUUAAAGCAUGCUUUGCAUUGUACUAUUUUGGCAUCAGCAGGACAGCAGCGUUCUCGCAUGCUUGCUACACUCUUCAAGGAUGAGAGAUGCCAGCAGCUGGCAGCCUAUGGGAUCUUGGAGAAAAUGUAUCUUGACAGAAUUAUUCGUGGAAAUCAACUGCAAGAGUUUGCAGCUAUGCUAAUGCCUCACCAGAAAGCAACUACAGCUGAUGGUUCCAGUAUCCUGGACAGAGCUGUUAUUGAACACAACUUACUAUCUGCAAGCAAACUUUACAAUAACAUUACUUUUGAAGAGCUUGGAGCAUUACUAGAGAUCCCUGCAGCUAAGGCAGAAAAGAUAGCAUCUCAGAUGAUAACUGAGGGUCGCAUGAAUGGAUUCAUUGAUCAGAUUGAUGGAAUUGUUCAUUUUGAGACUCGUGAAGCUUUGCCAACUUGGGACAAGCAGAUUCAGUCACUGUGUUUCCAGGUUAACAACCUCCUGGAGAAGAUAAGUCAGACAGCUCCAGAAUGGACAGCACAGGCAAUGGAGGCCCAGAUGGCUCAGUGACUGUAUACCCAUUGUCUGAAUGGAGGCACUCAACCACCUGCUGUGCUGGAAGAGGGAAACUGAUUAGGACUGUGAACCAAAUGAAUAAACCACUUCAUUUCCACACCUCUGCUUUCACUCUGGUUUAGGACACAGUUAGGUGAUACCAUGUUUGAUGUGACAGUCCCACAGUUCCCUGAACAUAGAAUAAUGCUGUUGCUGCCUCUGCAUUGCACUCUGCUGUCCUGAAAGCUGUGGUUUACACAUAAAAGCAGCUGUGAUGUCUACAGCAAACUUUGGUUUUGGUUUAUUUAAUUUUUUUCGUCCACUGUAUUGCUAUAGCUUUGUACCCUGUUACUUCAUAAAAUGCUUGUUCUGCUGUGAAAACGAAAGUGCCAUGUUUCUUUUAGUUGUAAUUAUUCUAAUAAAGGCUGGAAUGAGCCUCUUGGUUUAUGUGUUGCAGA